UUUGGUUUAAUGAUCAAUUCAUUCUUGGUCAGAAAGCCCUUUCCAACCUGCUUUGUCCUUAGUCACUCAGGCUCGGAGCUGGCACCUGCUACAGAAUGAUGGCUGACAACUCCACCAGCGACCUCCAUGCUCCCGGACCACAACUGAGCAUGACUGACAUCGUUGUUAUCGCUGUCUACUUUGCCCUGAAUGUAGCCGUGGGCAUAUGGUCAUCUUGUCAAGCUAGGAGGAGCACAGUGGAUGGCUACUUCCUGGCAGGCCGAGACAUGACGUGGUGGCCAAUUGGAGCCUCCCUGUUCGCCAGCAGUGAGGGCUCUGGCCUCUUUGUUGGACUGGCGGGCUCUGGUGCAGCGGGAGGCCUGGCUGUGGCAGGCUUUGAGUGGAAUGCCACGUACGUGCUGCUGGCUCUGGCGUGGAUAUUCGUGCCCAUUUAUAUUUCCUCAGAGAUUGUCACCUUGCCUGAAUACAUUCAGAAACGUUUUGGAGGCCAGCGCAUACGCAUGUACCUGUCUGUCCUGUCCCUGCUGCUGUCUGUCUUCACCAAGAUAUCGAUCGACCUGUACGCCGGGGCCCUCUUCGUGCACAUCUGCCUGGGGUGGAACUUUUACCUCUCCACCAUCCUCACACUUAUCAUUACCGCUCUGUACACCAUUGCAGGGGGCCUGGCCACUGUGAUCUACACGGAUGCCCUGCAGACAAUCAUCAUGGUGGUGGGGGCUGUCAUCUUGGCGGUCAAAGGCCUCUCCUGGCUGCCCCGCUGCCCAGAUGUCACCAGCUGUGGGCCGGGUAAGGAGCUGACUCAGGAACACAGGGCCUGCCGUGUGCCGCCCUGGCUCAGGACAGACAGCAAGGUGGGGCUGCCGGAGGAUGUGGAGGCAGCAAUUAGGAGACCACAACACUGCCCAGGCGUCUCCUCCAAUUGUUUAAGAUCAGCUUUCGACCAGAUCGGUGGUUAUGGGCAGCUGGAGGCAGCGUAUGCCCAGGCCAUCCCCUCCAGGACCAUCGCCAACACCACCUGCCACCUGCCACGCACAGAUGCCAUGCACAUGUUCCGGGAUCCCUACACAGGGGACCUCCCAUGGACCGGGAUGACCUUCGGCCUGACCAUCAUGGCCACCUGGUACUGGUGCACCGACCAGGUCAUCGUGCAGCGAUCUCUAUCUGCCCGCAACCUGAACCACGCCAAGGCGGGCUCCAUCCUUGCCAGCUAUCUCAAGAUGCUGCCCAUGGGCCUGAUGAUCAUGCCAGGCAUGAUCAGCCGUGCACUAUUCCCAGAUGACGUUGGCUGUGUGGUGCCGUCCGAGUGCCUGCGGGCCUGUGGGGUUGAGAUCGGCUGCUCCAACGUCGCCUAUCCCAAGCUGGUCAUGGAGCUGAUGCCCAUAGGUCUGCGAGGGCUGAUGAUUGCAGUGAUGAUGGCCGCCCUCAUGUCAUCGCUGACCUCCAUCUUCAACAGCAGCAGCACUCUCUUCACCAUGGACAUCUGGAAGCGGCUGCGGCCCUGGGCUAGCGAGCGGGAGCUGCUGAUGGUGGGACGGCUGGUCAUCGUGGUGCUAAUUGGUGUGAGCGUGGCCUGGAUUCCCAUCCUUCAGGGUUCCAACAGCGGGCAGCUCUUCGUCUACAUGCAGUCUGUGACCAGCUCUCUGGCCCCCCCAGUGACUGCAGUCUUCAUCCUGGGCAUCUUCUGGCCACGUGCCAAUGAGCAGGGGGCCUUCUGGGGCCUGAUGGCAGGGCUGGUGCUGGGUGCUUUGAGACUGGUGCUAGAAUUCCUGAACCCAGUGCCCCCCUGUGGUGACCCCGACACGCGGCCAGCCAUCCUCAGCAGCAUCCACUACCUGCACUUCGCCAUUGCCCUGUUUGUGCUCACGGGUGCUGUCGCGGCAGCCGGAAGCCUACUGACCUCACCCCCGCAGACUGUUCAGAUUGAGAAUCUUACCUGGUGGACCCUGGCUCGGGAUCUGUCCCUGGCAGCCAAAGCAGGUGACAGCCAACCACACCAGAAACGAACCUUUUGGGCCCGUGUGUGUGGCUUCAACGCCAUCCUGCUCAUGUGCGUCAACAUCUUCUUUUAUGCCUAUUUUGCCUGAUCCUGCCACCCUAGGUAGGAAGGUGGGGGCCCAGAGUCCUCAGGGCCACCCCCUCUCAAAGUGAACACUGACCCCAGAAGGGGACGGACUCCCCUCAUGGCUACCCUGUGCAUCAGUGCUCAGUGAUUCUCUGGGGCUAGCAAAAUAGGUGCCCUGAAAAAUUAGGGGGAUAAAAGAACAUGAUAUUUCAAAAAUAGCACCAAAAUAGUCAUAAUUGGAAAGAAAAUGAGAUUUCUGAUGGACAUUCUAA